AGAUGUCGUGUGCCUCAUGAGUUCAUUGACAUACGAUUUUCAUUUCUACAACUAUUUGACAGAGAAUUAAAACAAAAAUGUAUUAACUUGUUUUUAUUUGUAAUAUUAAUAUCUUAAUUCUCUAAGUGUCUAAUUGAAAUGUUCCUAGGUGUUUUAAAAGUGAAAUUAUAUUAGUGUUUAUAGUGUAUUAUUUUACUGUCACGACAAUGAAUAAAACUUGUGAAAUUUGCUCUAAAGAAGCAAGAUACAAAUGCCCAACCUGUAUGAUAUUUUAUUGUUCAGUGCCUUGCUGCAAAAUACACAGACAAAAUAAAUGUGAUGUUCUUCAAAGAGACGAAGAAGAAGAAAUGGCUAAUUUAAUAGUGAAGAGGAGAAAAAUUGAAACUAUGACUGAAUCAACAGUUCCUGAAGAUAAACUAAAACUAUUGAAUUCAAAUGAAGAAGUGAAUAAUUUGUUAACAAAUAGUCAUUUGAGAAAUUUAUUAGUGGCCAUUGAUAAGUCAGAUAAUGCUGAAGAAGUUAUGCAAAAAGCUAUGCAGGAACCAAUUUUUGUAGAAUUUGCUGAUGCCUGUCUCAAAGUUGUGGAAGAUAAAACGGAAGUUGAAGAAAACUCAUAAAAAGUCUGAUAUUUUUGCUAUAUAUAUAUAUGUUUCCUAUUUUUUUUAUAUUUUAUGAUAAUUAUAAUAAGAAUUGUGUAUAUUAUAAGGUGUGGCCAUAAAUAACGAGACUGUUUAAAUUCAAAUUUCACCUUGAAGCAUAAUCGAUUAAUUGAAGCAGAGCAUAUAAUUCGAGAUAUUUUCCGUUCUAGACAGAUUUCACAUUGGGAAACACUAAUAAUUAUGUCAAGUAUACUGUGUGAUCCAAAACUGAAAUGUUGAUUAAUAAAGUGAACUGUUUUUUUUGUGAAAGUUUCUUCAAGCAUCAUUUUCGAAUUAUUAUCAAUUAUAGUCAAAUCAUGUGGGCCAAUAUUAGGGUCUAAGUCUUUUUAAAAACCUUGAUAUCAUCAAAAGACGUGCAAAACAUAUUUUAUAAUUAAAACAUCACUAUUACUACGAGGACUAUUCAGAAAGAUAGAUGUUUUGGAAUUAGAAAAAUAAAAAAAAGUUCAUCUACAUCUGAAAGAGGAUUGAAGUUUUGCUUUUUUACAUAAUCAUGGUUUCGAAAAUUAUAGUGUGCAUGAGAGAAAACCUUUUAUUUCAAUGAGUUGAGCUGCUUUGAGCUGCUUUCUCUAACAGGCAGUUUUUUCUAUCACCAAGUUUGAGAAAAUAAAUUACAAGCACACUUUGUUUAUUCCAGAAGACAUACAUAAACUUCCUUAGUGACAAGGUCUGCGAAUAUUUUCUUGGUUUGUUUGUCUAUUCCUCCUCCAUGGACUGUUAAUUAUACCUUACAAUUGACAAUUGACGUGUCCUCAGUAACGAAUCGCAGUGCGUAUGUAGGUUUGGUAGGUUCAUUUCUUAGCCACUCAGUUAUGUGCACCUUUAACUCCUUGAUGUUUUCAAAGCGUUGUGCUGCUAGAUAGUUCCUUCUUUGUAAGAUAUUGAAUCUUUUGAUAAUUUUUUCUACUAUUGUUGAGUUGUAAUGUCCAUCAUCUACUUUUCUCUCUAUUGUGGUCGUUGUUUUAACUGAAUGCCCCAUAUCAGAUUGUAACCUACGUUUAUUAGGUUGUUACUCAAACUCACACCCUUCUCGAGAAAUUUCAAUAGGUUGCCAACAAAAAACAAAGACUGCACAUUUAUUCUUUCAUUCACAAUUUGAAUAUAAAAAGCGGGCAGUGUAAUGGUAGGUGCUGACUGAGAUGCAAAGCAUGCGGACAUCAAUACCAAAUGACAAGUAGACGCCUAGCAGUGCUAGACGUAAACGUUUCUCACUUUCUGAAUAGCCCUCGUAUUUUCUACUAAAGAGAUUAAUAUUUGUUUCGUUAUUUUUUAGUCACCCUGCUUAUUUAAAUGUUAGUAUAUUUAUUCUAAUGCCAGUUAAUUUGAGAUACCAAUUAUUUGCAAAUAUAACAUGAGUAUAUUGACAGAUAUGAAUCUGGUAAUAAAGUAACGUUCACAGCAAGUAUUAGCAGUAACAUUCUGCAGACCUUCACAGUCUUUUCACAUUUAUUUUGGGUUGCUAAUUAGAAACGGACUUUUUUGUUGAGCUUUUUUUUGGUUAAUGCAAAAGAACAAUCAUAAGCUAAGAUUGGUCUUAUUAGAGUCCCGUAGAUUUUUAUCUUCGUUCCUCUUGUUUCAGUUUGUUUAUCAGGAGGUUCAGGUUUGCAAAAUGAGCUCUAUUAUCACUUUGUAUUUUUUCCUAGUAUGGCAGUUCUUGGUUUGGCUUGUUUGAUUACAUUUGCUCAGAGAUAUUUAAAUCUAUUUACACUUUUAAAAGUUUUCGAACUAUUAUUGAAUCAUCCACUCUCCUAGAAUCUUCUGAUGGCGAUAUCUUCAUAAAUACAGUUUUAGAUUCGUUAUUAACUAAACCGAGCUCUUCACAUUUUCUUUAUAUAUCUGAAAAGUUCUCUCAGUCUUUAUUUAUGAAUAUUAUUAUAAUAUCAUCUGCAUAUUAUGCACAAUUCUGGGUCGAUUUAUUGUAUACAGUAGUUUUUUGAUUUAUUUGAUUGAUUCCUACGUGCAAUAGUAUUAUAAAUAAUGUACCUGAAAGACUAUGCCCAAGAGGAUCACUUAAUUUUUCACCUAUUUUAACUUUGGCACAAGAUUUCUGCAUUGUCAUGACAGUAUAGGUACUACUUAGGUAGCUUGUCGAUGGAGAGAUUCGCAUCAGUCGUUCAACUGUUGGUUUCUAUCAGUGGUAACAUAGUGAGCAGAACACAGGUAGAAAGAAAAGGUCGGUUACGUCGAUCAUGAACAAAGCGAAAAAAUAAAAAGUUUGAUAUGGUUUGAGAUGCCGUUCAAAAAAUGCCAAGUAAUUAUAUCAUGCCUGUCAUUGACAUAAGCCACUUUUUUCUCUUCCGUGUCACGUUCCAAAGUGCCAAACCCUCAAAAUUAAGAGUAAAGACAAAAUCAGAAACAGAAAAAUUUUAUUUUAUAAUAAACAUUAAAAUCAUUCAGCAGGUCAGACAUUUCAUUGAUUGUUAAAUUAAAGGUAACAAAUCACUUUUUAAGUACAAUUGCAACUUGCGCGUAUUAAAAAAGCCAUGAAGCAGUUAAAUUUGCAAUUGACAGAUCUUGCAUGAAUAAAUCAUCUGAGCUGUUUACUCUGUGGAUACUUUUAUGGAGAUAUAUUGCAUUGCACGUUGUCUUGCUGCAUGAUUGGCAGACCUUAGAUCAAACUAAGUGGGAAUUUUUUGAAUUGUUGCUAAUCUCCAUAUUGAAAACACUUUUUACAUUACUCACAAUUACUCUGUACGCCGCGUGUUUAGAUAACCAAGUUAUCAUAUUCAGAGACUGAAGGUAAAUUAAUUUACCUACGUGAAGGUAAACCAGUUUACUUACCUGAAGGUAAACUAGUUUACCUUCAAUCUCUGAAGACUAAAGCUUGGUUAUUGAAACAGUGUAAUUUUAGUGUUGGUGUAGGGGUAGUGUAAAAAGUGUGCUCAGUAUAUAGAUCAGUUUGUUAAUUAAUCUAUUAUAUGCAGUUUUGUUGUAUAUUUCAUUUAUGUAUUUUCGGACUACACAGACCUCUAUCUUUUAUUUUAUUUUAUAAAGUUCAUUUGCACUGCCAGUUUAGCUAUAGGAGAAAAUAUAAAUGACACUAUGAAUACUUAUAAUCAAACGAACAGAAAGUGCCAGACUGAUUACUAGAUGUUACUACUCAUGUUAAAUCUUCAGUAUUGUAAGAAGUAAGCAUUGUCAACCAAAAACAAAAUAACUAUAAUAAAUAUGGGCUCAAUUAGUAGAGUUAAAUAUCAUGGAAAAUAAACUGUAGAAUAUGUAAAACAGUUUCAAUAUACGGGUAAUUGAAACUAAUAUUUUUCAGUCCUCGUCUAGUAAACAAAAAAAAAGUUUUUUAACCAAAUUCUGGUUAAUUCAUCGAGAUAGUUUCGUUCGAGAGUGAUACAAUCAGUCCAACGCCCUUUCAGCCCCUCUUGCCAUUUUUAUAUAGAAAUUACUCUUUUGUCCCCUCCCUUAAAAUUCCACUUUCUCAUUUGAUUGAUAUUUCUUACACUGGCGAAUUUUUUUCAGCUAGUAGUUGCAAGGAGCCAGAUCUGAAUGAUAUGGCACAUGCAGAUAUUCAAUUAAUUGAAUUUCACUAUCGUUUUUAUUCACUCGGUGCAUUGAUGAAGAAGAAUUUGUUUUCUUUUGCAGAUGGGGUAAUUUUCUUGUAAUCUCCUUCAAUACAUUGAAAUUCGAUGAGCGAACCCAAAAUGAGGCCAUAAUCUUGCCAGUCGAUUGUUACGUUUUUACUUGAUUCGGACGUAUAUUGUCGUGUCCAAUCCUUUCAUAUGAUGUUUUAGCUGUGUCCUGGUUUUUUCUAUGGCAAGGAAUCGCGGCACCCAUAUGAAUACAAGCUUUUUCAAUUUAAAAUUUUAAUGAAAAUAGUGUAAACUCUUCCAUGAUGUCUAUUGUCUGUCUUUACUUCAAUUUGCGCUUUUUCAUCACUGUUUUCAAGACUAUUAACAUGUAAUGGUGUAACUGGAUCGUCCUGAUCGUUGACCACUAUAGCUACUUGUGUCAUGUAUAAAUAGUGAAUAGUCACUAUUAUAAUUAUAAAGCUAAGCGUUUAAUUCAAUGUUAAUUUUUCCUGUUUGGAAAUAAAGCUUGAUCAAUUCCUUUUUUAUUAAUAAAAAAAGGUUUAAUAUGGAAAUGUGUAACAAACAAAAUAUUGGAGGAAAUGAACUCAAAAUUUGACAUCUGUCGUUUGAAAUAUGAUAUUUUAAGGGAGAAAUAUAAAAAUGGAAAUUAUGGACACCCCAAUAUGUCGGACCACAUCAUAUAUAACUAAUUCCUUUCUCUCCCAUACAUCUUAUACAAUAAAACUUUGAAGAGAAAAAAUCUUAUUGUACCUAGUUAUGUUUCCAUAUGAUUAGAAUAUCAUUAUACAGGGUCUGUCCCAUAAUGUAGUUUGAUUUGGUGUCAAUAUAACUGUAUUCGUUAAUGGUUGUUCAAAAUAUGAGAGCUUUUAAAGAUAUAUAUCAUUUUUUUUUGCAUUACGCGUCAAUUUUGUAAAAUAAAAUUGUUAUUUUAAUUACGUGUGAAUCCAAUACACUUUGUUUCAAAUUUCGCAUAUAUUUAAUAUAAAUUAGUAUUUAUGUAAGAAAUAGACUGCACGUCUAAAGACGUUUAAUAUUAACGUUGUGAUAAUUUAAAUAAAUAAUGUUUUUGGAAUAAAUAGUUUCAUAGUUUUGUUUAUACCCAAUGUUUACAUAUCAAUAAAGAUCUGAAUAUGA